AUGAAACGACACAAGGGCGUUUGGACUAAGUCAGCUACUGGUUUUCAUGAAGUGCGUGGUACGACCUUGGGCAUCGUUGGCUAUGGACGCAUUGGAUCUCAAGUAUCGGUAUUGGCAGAACUUCUAGGUAUGAAGGUGGAUUUCUACGACCCUAUAAAGUGUCUGCCUCUAGGUAAUGCACGGCAAGUGGAUUCGUUAGAGGAGGUGUUGGAGAUGGCAAAUGCCGUGACUCUCCACGUGCCAGCAACAACAACGACGAACAAAAUGAUUAAUCGUGAGACGAUUGCACGGAUGAAGGAUGGUGCUUCAUUGGUCAACAAUGCACGUGGUACGGAACCGGCUAAGAAUGGCGAGCCAUUUGAUACGCUCCUGCGUGGUUUACCAAACGUGAUCCUCACUCCCCACAUUGGUGGCAGCACGGAGGAGACCCAGGCCAACAUUGCAGUGGAAGUAGCGUCAAAGUUGGUGCGUUACAUUAAUGAAGGCUCUACAACAACGUCUACAAACACGCCGGAGAUUGACAUGCUGCCCAUUCGCACCAACUCCAUGCGUAUUCUUCACAUGCACCAUAAUGUGCCUGGCGUGUUGAGCAAGAUCCAUUCGGUGCUGUCCGACUACGGCAUUAACGGGACGUCGCAGUAUCUGCAGUUCGGACCCAGAAGUGGAGAAGUUCCACGCCAAAGUGGUAACACGCGAGCUCAAGAAGAUCAAGGAGACCAUUUUUGUGCGUGCUAUCAUAUAAGUUAG